AGUUAACCGGUGAGUUUGACAACCGCUGUGGGUAGAAACGCAGCAUUUCCUUCAUCCAGGCUUUGGACACAAACUCAGAAACAGUUUUACUCAGUCUGUGCUCUCUUCAUUUAGCAUAAAUGCCGAAGUCUUCCUCCACGGUUCGGGCUUUCGUUGCCGUCUGCGUUCAUUGCUAGGCGAUGGACGGGCAGCAGAUCCAGGUGAGCGACGAAGAGCCUGAAGUCCUGCGAGAAGAGAACCGAAGGAGGAGGAGGAGAAAGAAAGCCAUCACCUCAUCGUCCUGCUCCUCCAUGGAUCAGAUCUCGGUAGAGUUUGUGCUGCCCACGGCGGCGAGGGGCGGAAACGGCCCCGACUCCCUGCUGCUGGAGGUGGCUGGAAACUGGACCGUAGAGCAGGUGAAAGCUCAGGUGUGGCUGAAGGCCGUGACCUUAAAUCUCUGUCCUGACUUCUACCAGCGGUUUUCUCCAGACCACUGCAUCCUGCUCUACCAGAAGAAAGGCAACGUUUGUGAGAUCUACGACAAGCACCAGGUCUUCCAGACUCUAGACUGCAUUCGCUACUGGAGAGCUCUGAAGAAGGACGUGGGGCGGAUCCAGCUGGUUCCCCGUCCGCAGCCCUCGGAUGAGUCUCAGCAGUACCAGCGUUACCUGAACUACCUGAUCGGCUACGAUGUCACUGACGUCAGCAACGUCCACGACGACGAGCUGGAGUUCACACGCAGGAAGCUGCUGACGCCGCGACGCAUCGAGCUGUCGGACCGCGACCCAAACCUUUACUCCAUGGACCCGUGGGUGACCCGCAAGCCGCUGCCUGAACACCUGCACGCCAAGAUCAACAACAGUCACAUCUUGGUGGUGAUCCACAUCAGCACGGCCAGCCAGACCAUCAAAGUGUCCAUCGAUGACACACCGACACAGGUGUUGGCGAGCUUUUUUGCCAAGACAACAAAUAAAAGAGUUUUGCUGGGCAUCCCUGAACACAUGUGUGAGACUGACUUUGUGCUGCGUGUGUGUGGCAGGGAGGAGUACUUGUAUGGAGAGAAGCCUCUGCAGGACUUUAACUGGGUCCGUCAGUGCCUGAAGAACGGGGAGGAAAUCCACCUGGUUCUGGAGACUCCACCUGAUCCUGAUCUGGAUCUGGUCCAGAAGGAGGACUGGGCGCAAGUGGACGACUGCACUGGAGUCGCAGGAACUCAUGAGCAGUUGACCAUUGACGAGAAAGACCACGAGCGAGUGUUCACCAUCUCCAUGUGGGACUGUAACAGAAAGUUCAGGGUGAAGGUGCUGGGGAUCGACAUCCCAUCCCUCCCCAAAGUCCCAGAGUUUAUCGUCUUCAUAGAGGCCAGCAUCUUCCACGGGCAGCAGCUGUUAGCCCAGGAGAGGACGACUUCCAAAAGUUUCAAUGAAGAAGUUCUGUGGAACUGCUGGUUGGAGUUUAACAUUAAAAUCAAGGACCUGCCUAAAGGGGCACGCCUCAACCUCCAGGUGAUCUGUGGGAAGCAACCUCAGACACCAAACUCCAAAGGAGGCUCCUAUCAGGAUAACACAGCAGGAACCGCCAGCCUGGAUGGAAAGACCAAGAGUCGUCUCCUGUACUACGUCAACCUGCUGCUGAUCGACCACCGCUCUCUGCUGCGCCAGGGCGAGUUCAUCCUCCACAUGUGGAAGAUGCCAGAGAAGAGCGACGAGAGCAGCAGCAGCACCAACGCAGACAAGCUCACCUCGGCCACCAACCCAGACAAGGCCUCCUCCAUGGCCAUCGCCAUCUUACUGGACAAGUACUGCUACCCGGUGGUGCUGCCCAAGAGCCGGGACGUGAGCCGGGACUACGGCGCUGUGGGGGAGGAAGCAGAGGGAGGGGAGAGAGGUCAGAGAGAGAUGCCGAACCACCUGAAGAAACAGUUUGGGGCCAUUGUGGCGACGGACCCCCUCCAUCCUCUCAGUCCUGAGGACAAAGAGCUGCUGUGGCACUUCAGACAUGAGUGCAUGCGAGACCCCAGGGCCUACCCAAAGCUGCUGGGAUCAGUCAGGUGGGGCAGACAGGAAGAUGUUUUGGCCACACAUCGUCUGUUGGAGCGCAGCAGUGCGUGGGACACCAGUGGUCUGGAUGUUGGUCUGGCCAUGCAGCUGCUGGACUGCCACUAUUCAGAUGCUCAGGUCCGCUCAAUGGCUGUCAGGAAGCUGGAGACGCUGGAGGAUGACGAUGUGCUCAGAUAUCUCCUCCAGCUCGUACAGGCAGUCAAGUUUGAGCCCUACCAUGACAGCGCUCUGGUCAGGUUCCUGCUGAAGAGAGCUCUGAGGAGUAAACGCAUCGGUCAUUUCCUCUUCUGGUUCCUGCGCAGUGAGAUCGCCCAGUCCAUGCACUACCAGCAGAGGUACGCCGUCCUGCUGGAGGCCUACCUCAGAGGCUGCGGUGAAAACAUGCUGCAGGACUUCAGGAAACAGGUGGAGAUGACUGAGGCUCUGCAGAAAGUCACCCGCGAGAUCAAGGCCAUAUCCACCGAAAAAUCUGACGUCACGCCACAAGUGGUGUUUCAGCUGCGCCAGAAGCUGGAGACUCUGCAAGCGUCGGGUCUGCCGGAGAGUUUUCGAGUCCCGUAUGAUCCAGGACUGAGAGCUGGAGCCCUGCUGAUUGAACAGUGCAAAGUGAUGGCAUCUAAGAAGAAGCCGCUGUGGCUGCAGUUCAAAAGGGCCGACCCCACCACUCUGUCCAAGGACCCCAUAGGCAUCAUCUUCAAAGACGGCGAUGACCUCCGACAGGACAUGCUCAUCCUGCAGAUUCUGCUGAUCAUGGAGUCGAUCUGGGAGACUGAAUCGCUGGAUCUCUGCCUGCUGCCGUACGGCUGCAUCUCCACUGGCAACCGGAUAGGUAUGAUUGAGAUCGUUAAGGACGCCACCACCAUCGCUAACAUCCAGCAGAGCGUUGUUGGAAGCACCGGAGCGUUUAAAGAUGAAAUCCUCUGUCAGUGGCUCCGCGACAAAUGUGUCAGCGAGGACAAGUUCCAGCAGGCUGUGGAGAGGUUCCUGUAUUCCUGUGGUGGAUACUGCGUGGCUACUUAUGUCCUGGGUAUUGGAGAUCGGCACAAUGACAACAUCAUGAUCACUGAAUCUGGGAAUCUCUUCCACAUCGACUUCGGUCACAUCCUGGGGAAUUACAAGAGUUUCAUGGGAAUCAGUAAGGAGUGGGUUCCCUUCGUGCUCACGCCAGACUUCCUGUAUGUCAUGGGAACGUCAGGAAAGAAAAGCAGCCCCCACUUCCAGAAGUUCCAGGACGUGUGUGUGAAGGCUUACCUCGCUCUCCGGCAUCACACCAACCUGCUCAUCAUCCUCUUCUCCAUGAUGCUGAUGACCGGUAUGCCUCAGCUGACUAGUAAGGAGGACAUCGAGUACAUCCGCGAGGCGCUGACCGUCGGUCGCAGCGAGGAUGAGGCACAGCGCCACCUGCUGGACCAGAUAGAGAUCUGCAGGGAGAAAGGCUGGAUGGUUCAGAUCAACUGGUUUGUUCACCUGGUGCUGGGGAUCAAGCAGGGUGUGGAGAAACGGUCCACCUAGGAGCUCUUAGGACAUCAGCAAGUAAAAGAAAAGCACAGGAGUCUUACAGUAGGGUCCACAGGAGACUGUAAAAUCUGAUGACUGCACAUAAUAUAUAUAUAUUAAUUCCCUACACAAAGUGCCUGCAAAUAAACCUGUUUUAAAAAAAAUUCAGACCAUUUCAACCAUUACAACGUAUUUAUAGAAAAAAAUAAGAUUAUAAAGGUGGACUUGGACUGUAAGUCUUAUAGAAGACCAACACCAUUAAACCAACCAGUUGAACAACUGGAGCUACACAGAAAUGCAUCGAAGAUAACGAGAAUCUCCCCCUUUGACCUGAACUAAAGAGACCCAGAGCUGAAAAUAAACUGAACACAGACACGACUGUUAUCUCUGCACUGCAAAGACCAAGUCAAACAUCCACUCCAAAGCUACACAAUAAUAUGUCUACAAGUUCUCUUUAAUUUGCCUUAAUGAGCAGCAUUAAGACAACCACAGGUCAAAGUAACCUAGUGUCAUUUUCUCCUGAACUGCAGACUGAAAUGUUGCUCUCUGCUUCCACUUAAAACAAUAAAUGGUUAAAUAAGAACCUUUUGAAAAUAGAAACUAUGAUUAUAAACCGUGUUUCCGUGAGGGAUGAACUGGAUCUUUACAUUCUACCCUUAACACGAGGACAGACCACUUAGUGUUUCUGCUGUGAGGAAACACUCGUCUCUCACAUUUCCUUCACCUGAUUUGCAUUUGAAAACGUGGUCGACGUCACACUGGGUUUUAAACGUUUGCUGAAGUAGCGUUGCACUGUCCUUCCACCCCCAGAGGAACUAUGUGGUAAAUAGUUCACAGAAUAUUCUUCCAUAUUCUCAACCUUAUUGAGUAAUGGAUGCAUUAUGAAAUCAGUCGGAUUCUCCUGGUCGAAGAUCGAAAAUCGAUGUAAUGUCACUGAACUAUUCAAGAUGAGAGCUUUAUUAUUUAUAAAUUAAAGAUGUUUUUUAGUUGCACUAAAGAUGCAAAUGUACAACUACUGUAACGGACAUGACAGAGCUGCACGUCUUCAUCCUACACAUCAGCCUGACGGGACAUUGAGCACAUGCUGGUCAGUGCUGUUUUUUACUCCUCGUAGAAUCACAGCACAUAGAAGUGUUGUUGUUGUUUUUUCUACCGCCGAAUGAUUCCGAACAUUUCUGAUUUCACAAUCAAGAAUAAUUAUUUCACAGCUCGUUUAGCAUUUCCAUGUGAGCUUGUUAUGUCAUAUAAGGUGAAAUAUGAGCUGAAAAGAUGAUCUUAGGAAUGAAUUGUUGAAUGUGUUGAAGGUUUUGGAUGAACAGAAAGAAAGUUUAAUUUCCUUUACUACGGUUCAUGAGUGAAGUGAUAUCCAAGUUGGAGACAGAAGCUAUGAUGAGCACCAGCAGUUUGAUAAUCAGUGUUUUUUAAAAGUUUGCAUAAAAAAAAACGUGUUCCAAAGACGGAAACCUUCCAUUUUAAAACUGUUCUGAACUGAAGCCUCGUGUGCCUGUAAAUGCCUUCAGCCACUGAUUCUGGACAGUGGAAUGAAACUUUUCUAUGUCGUGAUGAUUAAAGUCAUGUGCUACAAACACA